CUUCAGCUUCACCUUUCAUUCAUAAAGAAGGCCUCGAACGACGAUUUCACUCCUCGCCACUUGCCCUCCCGUCAAGUUACAUUCCCAAACUGGUCGGAGCAGGGAAAUCUCGACCCCCAUGUCUAACCAAGGCUACUACAACGACCGGCCCGGUGAGUAUGGGGGCUACGGCGGGCAGGGCGACCAAAACUACCAGCAACAACAAACGUGGCAGCAACCAUCUGGUCCGCCCCCAGGAUAUGACAAUCAGUCAUACAAUCAAGGAUAUGAUCAAAACAGACCAUAUGAAUAUAAUCGUCCACCGAAUCAAGACCAUCAACAAUCGUCUUAUGGUCAUUCCCCUCAACCAGGUUAUCAGCAACCAUACAAUCAGUAUCCAGACCAAUACUCUUCGCCUCCACCGGACCAAAACUAUUAUCACUCCCAGUCUCAAGGAUACGGCUACGGUCAAGGUCCUGAAAGAUCUCAUUCGCCGUACCCACCUCCCCAACAACAACAAACUCAGUAUGAAGGCUACGGUGCACCUCCCGGUCCUCCUCCGACUCAAACUGGUCCAUACCCACCGCAACCCGCACCAGGUGCACCCCUUGACCCCAACGAUCCGAACUCCCAGGAUCGUGGCUUGAUGGGUGCGUUGGCCGGUGGCGCCCUGGGUGCCUAUGGCGGACACAAGGUGAAUCACGGAUUCUUGGGAGCCAUAGGCGGUGCGAUUACGGGCUCUGUUGCCGAAGACGCCCUCAAGAAGCGCAAGAAGGACAAGAAGAAGAAAAAUCGUCCCGCAGGUCUUCGUCGUGAUUCUUCUUCGUCUUCAUCUUCCUCGUCGUCGAGUUCUUCUUCCGAUGACGAGAAGAAAAAGAAGAAGCACGGAUGGGUUGCACCCACUGCGGCUGCCGGUGCCGGCGCGUACGGAAUGCAUCAAUAUCAGCAGCAUCAACAGCAGCAGCAGCAGAAGCAACUUGGUCCGCAAGGGCACAUGCGCGGCAACUUUUCGGCGUCUGCAAACAGCAUCACCCUAGACAGGGACUAUGAUCUGAUCGCCUCGUGCGCCGACGUCCAUGGCCAACACAAGUUGUCUUCCAUCUCUCUCAACAACUGUCUAUCGAAUCAACACGGACACCUUGUCUGGGGGAGGGGUGGCAAUUUCGCGGCCAGUUCGAGGAAUGUGAGAUUGGUCGACAAUGGGCGAGUGUUGGAGGCCGAGUUGGGGACGGGUGGUGGAGGUUGGAAUAGGGAUUAUAUCAGGUUGGAUGAACGUAUAAGCAACAAUGACGGAGAGUUGAUCUUUCUAGACUCGUGAGAUGGGUACUGAGUCUGUGCCUUCGAUACGUGCACACACAUAGCAAAAUAUAUGUGGGUGGAGACGAGAAACUACUGAUGCGAGAUUUUCCCCUCCUAUGAUAUUAUGACUUGUUUACGAAUACACAAUUGACCUGAUUCCAAUCGAUUGCUACAAACGAGGUAAUAUCACCUCACGAGCUCGAG